AUGGUGUACAAGUCUGCGAAUCUUGGGGACCACAUCUACGUUACAAGGUUGAUUACUAUUUAUGUAGGCCGAGACCUUGGAGCUCGAAUUGCUUGCUCGAUAGAAUGCCGUGAAGGUUACGAGUUUUCAAGAUCACCAGCUAUAUUCUACACUUGUGCGAGUGAUGGAGUUUGGAGGCCAAGAAAUCGUAAUCAAAUGGUGUUCAGAUACCCUCAGUGCACGAAGUCUUUACCUGCUACGCGCACAGUUCUUCUUCGAGUCGCUUAUCCGGGAAAAUCGCCGUGUACGGAAGCAAGCAGAGAUGCUCUAAAAUCCAAAUUAAUGGCAAGCAUCAACACAAUCAAUCAGAAGUGGGAUAUGUGUGCGUUGACGGAUGCCAAUGGUUGUGUCGGCGCCAAAAUUGACGUCGAUUGUUCAGAAGAAUUUGCUCGGGUAAAGAGGAGCACCCAAACGUUCAGUGUUCGCAUAGAACUACCCGUCAAAAGGUCGUCGGCUCUGUAA